AUGGUACCGUUGUUCAACAAAGGAGUACAAACUUCUAAAUUUUGGAUGUCAACUGGGCAUUUUGUUGAAGGUGGCGGAGGUGGCGACGGUGGUGGUGGCGGUGGCGACGGUGGAGGUGGUGGAGGUGGAGACGGCGGGGGUUGGGGUGACGGUGGAGGUGGCAGAGAUGGAAGCGGUGGAGGAGGUGGUGACGGUGGAGGUGGUGGAGAUGGAGACGGUGGAGGAGGUGGUGGUGGUGGAGAUGGAGGCAGGAGUGGCUCUCCCAUUAGGCAAAAUAGGCUAUCGCCUAAGACUUCGGAAUCAGAAGGUGGUGCAUCAGAACUCGAACAUUGUAAAAAGUCAAAGUCAAAAGAUAAAGAUAAGCAUAACUCCAAAUGCUCGCCUCCUCCUCCUCCUAAACCUAAAAAAUCUCCCCCGCCAUCUCCUAAACCUAAAUGUCACUCACCACCUCCUCCGCCAUCUCCACCACCGCCUCCUCCGUCAUCUCCUCCGCCACCUCCUCCGUCACCCCCUCCGCCAUCACCACAACCGCCUCCUCCACCCCCUCCUCCGUCACCCCUUCUGCCGCCGCCACCUCCACCACCUCAAUCAAGUUGUCCAGUAGCAACAAGCGCACUAAACGAAACCUUUGGAGGAUGCAGUCUUUUCUUUAAUGGUAAUCCCGCCGAACUACCCACGUCAAUAUGCUGCGACAGUAUUCUUAAAUUUUCUGUCCCUGAAGCUGCUCUUUGUCUUUGCGAAGCCAUCCAAUUAAAUUACUUUGACAUUGAAGGUAUAGAACGUAAUCUUGCCAUUGGGGCGACUUUUGAGUAUUGUGGCACGAAGCUUCCUCAAGAUUAUGUGCCAUGUGGGCAGCUAGCAUGA